CUCUAUUUUUGUAGUUCCGAGAGCCUCACACUCGUGGCAGUUCGCAUGGCCAAAGCCGUCUCAUACGUUCCGCCUACGAAGAAGAAUGCUUUGCCCGGAUGAUGCCAUCUGCUUUUGAUAUGUGGAGAGAAUUAGAACAGAAGACUGGAAAAGAACUCAUUGUGAAUACGGGAGUUUUGUGCUUGGAAGAAUCUUUAGAAAGAGAGAAAUACGAAAACUGCGUAAAACUUAUGAAGGAAAUUUGCCCUGAAAAUCUCGAAGAGAUGAGCCCUGCCGAAGUACAAUCGAAAUUUUCAAACAAGCUUAGUUAUAAAAAUCUGAGUGGGGCCUUGCUGGAUAAAAGCGGAGGUGUAGUGCUUGCACACAAAGCUCUUCUCGCUGUUCAGGAUUUGUUUCGUCAGCAAGGAGGUACUUUAUGGGACAAUUGUCAAGUGUAUCAAAUCAUUCUAGAAGGAGACAAAGUGAAGGUCAAGUCUGCAAAAGGCGAUGUCAUAGUCCGUUCCGUUGUGGUUUGUGCAGGAUCCUGGACACAGAAGUUGCUCACUCCUCAACUGAUAUCUUCUCUUCCCCUCCAGCCGACUGCUGUAAACGUAUUUUAUUGGAAGGAAAAGGUCAAAGGCGUCUACAGUGCCGAGUCUGGUUUCCCGGGUUUGCUUGAGCUUUCUAAUCCUCCUAUAUAUGCACUUCCUUCAUUGGAAUAUCCUGGGCUCAUGAAACACACAAAGCGAGAACAAAAUGCAACAUGUCAUAAAGUUCUGCUCUGGCGUAAGAAAAGUGUAUCGCAGAAGAAAGCAAGACUUUCAUUUAAUGAUGAAAACGAAAACUGGCAAUAG